AUGGUGGCCAAGGACUCCAGGUGCCUCAGCCACAUGUUUGCCGCCGAGAUAUUCAUGCACCGGUUCCUGCUGUCGAGCGCGAUCCGGACCAUGAACCCGGAGGAGGCCGACUGGUUCUACACUCCGGUGUACACGACCUGCGACCUUACUCCGUGGGGCCAUCCCUUGCCCUUCAAGUCCCCGCGGAUCAUGAGGAGUGCGGUUCAGUUCAUCUCAUCACACUGGCCUUAUUGGAACCGGACGGCGGGAGCUGAUCAUUUCUUUGUCGUGCCGCAUGACUUUGGGGCAUGCUUCCAUUAUCAGGUGAGUCAUAGAGCACACAUGGGAAACCUGAAUCUUCCUACUAUAUAUUACCACUGA